AUGAUAUUAAGAAAAUUUUGCUUAAACAUGUCCAAUUCACUUACCCUGCUUAGAAGCAAAAUUACAGAACUUGGCUUAAAUGCGUAUUUUCUGCCUCAUUCAGACCCUCACAGAAAUGAGUAUCUGUCAGCCCAUGAUAAACGCAUCGACUUCAUUACAGGAUUUAAAGGCUCCAAUGCGCAUACAUUAAUUACUCAGGAGCAAGCAUUGCUAUGGACAGAUGGGAGAUAUUGGGAGGAGGCUGAAAAAGAGCUCUACGAAGGUUGGAAUUUAAUGAAAAUAACCUCAGGCGUCCCGACUUACUAUGAAUGGUGCAUUCAGAAUCUCCCAAAAGACUCCAUCAUAGGGUACGACCCAAGUAUUGUAACUGCAGACGCAGCUAUCACAAGAACCAAAUAUUUUGCAGACAAAGGCUAUCAGUUUUUACCUGUUGAAAGAAACCCAGUAAACGAAAUGUGGGAAAACAGGCCUGAACUAAGCCAAGAACCUAUCAUUAUUUUUGAUGAAAAAUAUGCAGGAGAAAGCUUUACUGACUCCUCUCUUUUAAAUUGGAACAAAAAAUCCUGUUUCAGUGGAAAAUUUUAAAAAAUAUGAAUUAAGCAUGAAGAAUUAAAUAAAAAAUUAAUUAAUUAACUCCCCGCCCCAUCCGUGAGUGAACAAAAAAAUUUUGUUCACUCACGGAGGGGGUUAAUUUUUUAUUUUUUAAAAAAAAUUUAUAUAUAAAUUUAAAAAAAUCCUAAUUCGCAAAAAUUGGAAAGCAAAUAUUAAUUUAAUUUAUAAAAUUUUAUGUUUUAAAAAGCAAUUCGUUUAAAAUUAAACAGAAUUAGCUCUAGAUUUCAUUAUACUAAUUAUCAUUUAUAUAUCUAAUUUUUUUUUCAAUAAAAAUUUUUUCUAUUAAAGAAAUUUUUGUUCACUCACGGAGGGUGGGUUUUUGGGCAAAAAAUAGCGAUUUUUCUAAUGGUUUUGUUCACUCACGGAGGGGGGGAGUAAGUAUGAAAACUUUUAAAUAGUAUUUUACUUCCACUUUUUUCUAUUAAAUUAGGUCAAAACUAAUGUUAUAAAAUAUAGAUUUUUCAUCUAUAAAAUUCUGCUAUAGAAAAUUGUUUUUUUUCCAAUUUAAAGGUGGUUAAAGAACCUAAAAAUGCAAAUUUUAUCGAUGUUUUGCUCAAAUUUAAAGGGGGGAGUGAGAAGAUAGGAAGAAUUGCCGCAGAAAUGGGAGAAAAAAACUUUUAUUUAGUAACAGCGCUAGAUGAGAUUGCUUGGACUUUGAAUUUGAGAGGAAAAGAUGUGGAGUAUAAUCCAGUUUUCUUUUCUUAUUUAAUAUUAGAAAAAAGAGGAGAAGAUAAUAAAAUUCAUCUCUUUGUUAAUGAAAGAAAAAUUGAGAAUAUCAGGGAAUAUUUACUCUAGAUCAAUGAGAAAACUGAAUAUGUUUUUAUAUAUUUUUUUUUCAUAUAAUAACAAUAAUUUUUAUUAUUUUUCAAAAAUUUAUAUUAAUUUUCUUUAAAAAUAAUAAUUAGCCGCUUCUAAACAAGCCUAAAAUAAUGGAAGGGAAAAUUAGAAGGAAAUAGAGUGCAAAUUUAUCCAUAUGAAGAAGCCCCUAGUUUUCUCUCAGCAAUUGAAGAAGGUGUUAUUACGGAUUCAAGCAGCUGUAAUUAUCAAUUAUAUAAAGCAAUCAAGCACCCAGAGAAAAAAGAAAGCAUUAUCGCGCCUCUUAAAGCUAUAAAAAACAGCAGAGAAAUACAAGGAUUUCGAGAAAGUCACAUCAGAGAUGGAGUCGCUGUCUGCAAAUAUUUAGCAUGGCUAGGCAAAGAGCUAGAAGAUGGUCAAAUCCAUAACGAAUACGAAGCAGCACUCAGAUUAAACCAAUUUCGCUCACUCCUUCUCGUGAGCGAACAAAAAAAAAAAUGUUUUUUUCACGAGCUUAUUAUUUUUAAAAUCCCAUUUAGCUAGAGAUUCAUUAUCUAAUAAUCACUUAUAUAUCAAAAUAUUUUUUUCAUAAAAAUAUAUAAAAAAAUUUGUUUUGCCCAAAAAUAGAAUUUUCCAAUGGUUUUUCUAAUUCAUGGAGGGGGAUCAGAAGAAGACCUUAAUAUGGGUCUCUCAUUUUCCAAUAUUUCUUGCUCUGGAUCUAACGCCUCUAUUAUACAUUAUCACCCUGAGCCUGAUAAUUCAUCAGAAAUAAAGAAAGACCAAAUUUAUUUAUUAGACUCAGGAGGGCAAUAUUUAGACGGCACAAUUGACACAACUAGAACUAUGCACUAUGGAAAUCCUUCAGACUGGGAAAAGGAAUGCUAUACAAGGGUGCUUCUGGGAAAUUUAGAUUUAGAAAGAGUCGUUUGGCCUCAUGGGACAUGGGGAAUUACUGGAGCUGAUCUUGAUAUUUUAGCAAGAAGAAGGCUAUGAAAUAAAGGUCUAGAUUAUCAGCAUGGGACAGGGCAUGGUGUAGGGCAUUAUUUAAAUGUCCAUGAAGGUCCUCAAGGAAUAUCAAGGGCCAGAAAAGUUGAGCUCAAAGAAGGAAUGAACGUCACCAACGAGCCCGGGUACUACGAAAAAGGCCAUUUUGGGAUCAGAAUCGAAAAUGUAAUGUUUGUCACCAAGCACCCGACAAUAGAGAAUUUCUUAUGCUUUGAAAAUGUGACUAUAGUCCCAUACGAUAAAAACUUAAUCCUUCUAUCCAUGCUUAAUGCUGAAGACAAAGCUUACAUCAACGCUUACCAUAAACGUGUUUACGAUACACUUUCACCAAUCCUGAGUUUCAGAAAUGACGAUUUUACAUUGAAUUGGCUUGAAAAAGCAACUUCACCAAUAGAAUAA